AUGAACAUAGAGGAGACUAACUCAUCUUUUGUUCGCCCUGCACUAUUUUACAUCAGCGGCUUUUAUAACUUUGCACAUGGUAGAUAUUAUUACAUUUUCCUGUGUUUUGUUUAUAUAAUGACUGUCUUUGGAAAUGUGGUUCUUCUCCUGAUUAUUUUGCUGGUCAGAUCUCUUCAUACGCCCAAAUACAUGAUUGUGUUCAACCUGGCUCUGACAGACCUGUGCGGCAGCACUGCUCUCAUUCCCAAACUCUUGGACACUUUUCUGUUUGAAAACAGAUACAUCUCCUAUGAGGCGUGUCUUAGUUACAUGUUUUUUGUGUUGUUUUUUGGCAGCAUGCAGUCCUGGACACUUGCUGUAAUGGCUUUUGACAGGUUUAUAGCUAUAUGCUUCCCCUUACACUACCACAAUGUAGUGACUAAACCAGCGGUCUCAGGGAUGCUGCUGUUUGUCUGGCUGCUGCCUUUCAUUGUCAUGGGAACUGUAGUGGGCCUCGUCAGCCAGCUCUCUUUUUGUAACUCUUUAGUGGUUCAGAGUUUUUAUUGUGACCAUGCUCCGGUGUACCGUCUCGCAUGCAGUAGCACAGUCGUUAAUCAGGGGCUUGCCCUCUUUGGUGGGGCCAUUAUUUUCUUGGUUCCUAUGGCUCUGAUCGGGUGCAGUUAUUUGAGUAUUGCUUUUGCACUAAAAAGAAAUGCCAAUGGAGGAGAGCGUUUUAAAGCUCUAAAAACCUGCACAUCCCACUUAAUGCUUGUGGCCAUAUUUUUUAUACCUCUUACUACCACAAACAUAGUUAUCUAUUUCCCAAACUUUCACCCAAACACUCGAAUGAUCAACUCUACUUUGACCCACACAGUGCCAUCUCUACUGAACCCUUUUAUCUACUCUCUUAAGACUGAGGAGGUGCUGACGGUCAUUCAAAAGAUCUAG